CACCUGAAAGGAAUCUGCUCUGUGCUUGGGGGCUGCACAGUAAGUGGGGCAUUCUGGCUUCAGAAGCACACUGCUACUCCAAACUGGAACACCAGUGUAAUGGGAGGGGGCAGAGGGAGUACUCAGAAUGUAUUGUUUCAUGUUACAGGUGCUGGCAGCACGGGGGGCUGAGAGCAGUGAAAGUCCAGAGGAGCAGGACACCAGAGGAGGUCACCAGGAGCUGUCAUGCCUUAUAAGCCCUGCAAGAAAGAGAAAGGGAGAAUGAUUCAUUGGUUGAUGCAAGCCUCUGUAGAUUCCUUUAGCAAGGAAGAUAUGACAGGUUGUGAUAUUGGACUGCAGCGGAGUUCCACCAGUGCUGUUCUACCCUUCAUGAGUGAGCACUGCUGGGCUGUGCAGCUGGCAAGCUCAUGCCAUUUUUCUGGGAUGUUGGUAUCUUUAGAUCUGUCUGCUGGGUUCUUCCUGCUUUCAUGCUGAAGAGUGUGUGGGAGAAGGUGGCCAGGAGUAUAGUGUUGGAACGACCUUUUACUGAUGGAGGCACAGUGGUGGAGUAGGCUGAAUCAAGCCUCUGUCAAGUGCCACUGCUGAAAUACUGAAUUAACAUACCCAAGACCAGCACAUCAGGAGGAUAGCCUUCUACCAAGAAUAGUGUGGAGGUUUGAUCAUCUCCUUAGUGCAAGCCCUGCACCUUCACCUAGAUUCCUUCGCAGGCAACUACAGUGGAUCUGCUCACCAAGGGAAUUUGUCCCACUGGAUUCCUUUUUUUUUUUUUUUUUCUGUGCAGUUGAAUGAAAAGUAUGUGCCUUCUGAAGAACAGCAACUGAAAGAAAUAUUGAUGACUGCCAGGGCAUCUACAGAAAAAGAUAAGAAAAUUACUCUACUACAACAGUGAAAACAAAGGGGCUUUGUUAACACUUUCUUGUAGGUUGUAUAUAUUAAUAGUAACAAGUAAAGUUUUGUAUUUUUUCAGAGAAACACACAAGGCCUUGAAUUGUAUUGUUUUAAUUGCAACUAACUGAAUGAAUUAAGUGGAAAAUUGCACACAGUACUUUGAUUGUCUAAUUCUCUGUAUGUGAGGCUUUGGGAACAGUUUGUUAUUAUAAAAGAACAGCACUAACCAGAAAUCAGCCAACAUGUAAUUGCUAGGCUGAGGGGCAGUUUGGGGAAAGCUGAUACUUAUUUAUACAUUAUUAAAUAAAAGCACAUAAUAUGAGGAUCAUCUCUCACUGCCUCCACACUUCAUACAUUACUCAUCUUCCUAAAUUUCAUGGUUUUGUACUCCCUUAGUACAUUGCUGCUUAUAACCAGUGCAGGCAUCAAAACCACCCACAUCCAGGAAAGGAGAUGCCUGUGCAUUUGUUAUGAUGGCAGAUUUGGUUAUGGGACUCAUCAAAGAUUAUGAACCUUCAGUUCAAGGAAAGGAAUCUUGACUCAAGUUUUAAAGGUUAUUUUCAGUACCUAAAAUACACCUGGGCACCUGGGACUGUUCAGGUGGCUGAAACUCUGGCUGGUGUUUCCACUUGACUAUGUACCUUUAGAGAUUUACACUCAGCCAGUACCCUAAAAAGAAGACUUAAGAGCAACUUUGGCAUUAAAUUUGACAGUUCCCAAAAAAACAUUGGUUAGCUAAUUCCCAUCAGUUUUGGUAAGAAUCAGGUAACUUCUGGUUAUCUCCAGUGGUUCUCACUGCUCACUUGUCCCUUACUCCCAUAGGAAACAGCCACUUGCAAGACACAGAGAGGAGGUAGAUGGUGAUUGGACUCAUGAAGAAGAAGGAAGAGACCAACACUCCUACCUGUUACUUCUGUGAUGAAAAUGGCAAGACAGCUAUGGAUCAGCAGUAAACUCCAAGCUAUGUGGCAGCUACAGGCUGUCACUCACGCAGGAGCUGGCCAGCCCUCGCCAAGCCAUCGGCACUCGCCUCCCCACUUACUCCUCUUUGCGGUGAAGCUCCUCCUCGGACUCGCUGAGCCGCUGCUUCAAGGCUGCGAUCAUCUCCACCGCCACAUCCACCUGCCUGCUCAGGGCCCGCUCUCGCCGCUGCACCUCCUGCUUCUUCUGGGACAGCUGCACGAACGCUGCCCGCACCUCCAGCAGCUCCGCCGUCUUCUGGGACAGCUCUUUGGACUACAUGUUGCCUUUCUGCCCAGCUAAGAGAUGGAAAGACUUCCAACUGACCUCAGCAGGCUGAAAUGAAGAAAUGAGUCACUGAGGCUCCAGUAGGUGGUCAGGAAUGUGACACGCAAGAGAAGAUCAACUUUGAGCUCCGCAUGCGGGAAGGGAUCUGCAGGCUGCUGGCAGUGAGCACGCAGAGGGAGCAGCUCCUGCACGCUGUGAAGAACCUGCUGGUCUGCAAUGCUCGCAUCCGGGCCUACAGGGCACAGCUGCAGGGCCCCAGGGAGGAGCCCAGGCCGGGCAGCACUGAGGAGCAAUUUUCAGAAAAUGGGACAAAAGACCGGACGGCAUGCAGAGCAAGGGUUGCUAUAUCAGAUAUUCGAAUACCAUUAAUGUGGAAAGGCUCUGACCACUUCAGCAAAAAAGAAAAAUCACAGCGCUACGCAGUGUUUUGUUUGUUCAGAAUGGGAGCUGAGGUUUUUGAUACUGAGGUGACUCUUGUGGAUGAAGCAAUAACAGAUAUCUGUUUUGAAAAUGUAACCAUAUUUGAUGAAGCAAGCCCCGAUUUCCAGGUGAAGGUUGAAGUGUAUAGCUGCUGUACAGAGGAGUCUUUAUAUAUAACAAACACUCCUAAGAAACUGGCAAAGAAACUUAAAACAUCCCUCAGCAAAGCUACAGGGAAGAAACUCAAAGCUGCACUGGAAGAAGACAACAUUGAACCCCUUUUGCCUGCUGACCCAGUCAUCCAUGGAGCAAAGUACAGUUUGCUGGCAUACACCACUCUGGGGCUGGAAAGUGCUGAGGACAAUUUCAGGACCCACAACCUUACCAUUACAGGAAAUGAGGAAUCCUCUUUUUGGCUGCCCCUGUAUGGGAACAUGUGCUGCCGUUUAGUUGUCCAGCCCUCCUGCAUGGCCAGGGAUAUGAUGGCAGGAUUUCUCAAUCAGCAGCAAAUGGUAGGGGAUCUGACAAGCUGGAGGAGGCUGUAUUGUGUACUGAGAGGUGGCAAACUCCUUUGUUAUUACUCACCUGAAGAAAUUGAGGCUAAAGUGAAGCCAGCAUUGACAGUUUCCAUCAACAAGGAAACCAGGAUUCGAGCUGUGGAUAAGGACUCCAAGAGAAGAGCCAAUAACUUCUCUGUUAUCAACCCCGUGUCUGGAGAGGGUGUGACACAACGUUUUGCUACUGACAGUAGGGAUGAACUUCAUCAGUGGAUGGAGGCUUUCUGGCAGCACUUUUAUGAUCUGAGCCAGUGGAAGCAUUGUUGUGAGGAACUUAUGAAAAUUGAGAUUAUGUCACCACGGAAACCACCUUUGUUCUUGACAAAGGAAGCGACCUCCGUCUACCAUGAUAUGAGCAUUGAUUCUCCAGUGAAACCUGAGGGCUUAGCUGAUAUCAUACAUAGGAAAAUUGAAGAGAGCGAUGGUGAGUUCCUUCUUGGCCAGCAGAAAGAGCCUGCAUCUGCCCUGUGGGCAUCACUCUUUGAUGGAUCUCAUGAGAUGACUGUUCAGAAAAACACGCAUCUGGACCCAAAAAGAGAUACUACCAGUCCUAAUGACAGCAGAGGAAAGAAAAGAAGAGCUCCACCUCCACCCUCUGAUAAGUCACCCUACAGUGCAGAAGCCCAGGUGAACACAGAGCAGUUGGGCAAGGAAAACUGGAGGAAGCCUGACCACACACCUGCCUGUAGUGCUUCCUUUGAGUCAGUGUUAGCUACAAAAAUGCAGCAGCUGCAAACCCCCAUUGCUCCUCCUCGCAAAAUUGGUCUUUGUGGGAAAAGUGAUUUAGCUGGCCUGGGGAAUCCCAUUUCUCUGCUGAGCAAGACCGAGUCUGAAACCAAAGCAGUCCCAACCCCUAGACAUAAAGGCAUCGCAGAAAUACUAGACCCCAGGUCCUGGUUGCAUCCAUAGGCAUCAUAUUUAGCUUAGAGGAGUCUUUGGAAUUUAAAGUUUCUCAGCCUUCUCCUAAUACCCUAAUAGAUUUUAGCAUUUAGCUCAAGUGUUUCCUGUGAGCCAGGGCAUUACUGCUAGCUGCAGUCUCAGCUGUAUUCAUUAGUGCUGUAUCUAAAUA